AUGCCGCCCAAGAAGGCCGAUGCGCCUAAGAAGAAGAAGGCCACUGUCGAUGACAAGACUUUUGGCAUGAAAAAUAAAAAAGGAGGUGCCGUCAAGAAACAGAUUCAGCAAUUGCAAACGCAAGCCUUGUCCAACAAACCUCUCGAUGCUAAGAAGAAAGAAGCUGAGAGGGUCAAACGCGAAGCCGAGAAGAAGGCGGCCGAGGACGCAAAGAGAGAGACAGCAGAUCUCUUCAAGCCCGUGCAAGUCCAGAAAGUGCCUUUUGGUGUUGACCCAAAGACUGUUCUUUGUGUCUUCCACAAGAAGGGUGGUUGUGAAAAGGGCCGCAAGUGCAAGUUCAGCCACGACCUGAAUAUCGAGCGCAAGGCUGCUAAGAAGGAUCUGUACACCGACUCUCGCGAGGUCGACAAGGAUGAAGAGAAGAAGGCCGAUACCAUUGACACCUGGGACGAGGAGAAGCUGCGCAGUGUGGUUCUCAGCAAGCACGGUAACCCGCAGACGACCACUGACAAGGUCUGCAAAUACUUUAUCGAUGCCGUGGAGAACCAGAAGUACGGAUGGUUUUGGACCUGUCCUAACGGAGGCAACAAGUGCAUGUACAAGCAUAGCUUGCCACCAGGAUUCAUUCUCAAGACCAAGGAGCAGAAGGCAGCUGAGAAGGCCUUGAUGGAUAAGUCACCACUGGCUACCUUGACUCUGGAAGAUUGGCUCGAAACGGAGCGCACAAAGCUCACUGGCACCUUGACCCCGGUCACCGAGGAGUCAUUCGCCAAAUGGAAGAAAGAACGCUUGGAUAAGAAGGCCGCUGAGAUUGAAGCACAGAAUGCCAAGGAGGCAACUGGUCGUUCGAUGUUUGAGGCCGGCGACUGGCGUGACGAAGACAGUAGCGCAGAGGAAUCAGAUGGCGAUGACGAUGAUACCUGGAACUUGGAUGCCCUGCGCAAUGAGACAGAGAAAUUACGUGAGGAGAAGGAGGAGGAGCGUUUGGCCAAGAUUAACGGUACCGAAGUCCCUUCAUCAAACGACGCCGUGGUCGCACAGGAGGCUGCGGGCUGA